CCACCACCUCGUGCUAUUCCUUUUUUCUCCUUGCACGAAGACUAGAACAGGUCAUAUCUUCUCAUAGUAUCAUAUCACUCACGUUUAAGUCUACACCGCUUUCAACUAGAAUUUCAAUCUUCGAGAAAUUUCACUUGGUCGUUACCAUUGAGAGGUUUGAGCUGCAGGAUCAGAGGAAAAACAAAAAGCAAAAUGCCUAUCGAAGUAACAGACCUCACCGAGGCAGACAUCCCCGCCGCCAUUGAGAUCAUUCAAACGGCGUUCGCGGAAGAUCCGUAUUUCAAGUGGGUAUUUGAUGCUGAGAAUUUCAACAAGCAGCGCAAUCACGAUUCCCUAGCGGUGCGAUGCCGCUGGGGGAUCAACAAUGCCAUCUUCCAAGUCGCGACAGACACAUCAAAAUCAUCCCCAGGAGGAAAGAAGAUAGUGGGCGUCUCCUGCUGGCUCCCACCUACCCCCGCUCACACACCAGAGACAUGGUACAGCUGGACACAAAACUGGCUUCUCAGCUUCCGCCAGACGCUCAACAACGUAUGGCAUUUCGGACGGGGCGGACUCCGCACGAACCGCUACUGGAUCUGGAAGGAGCGGCAGCAUGAAGCGCAGAGCCAGAUCUGGGAUGAUCCCAAGGGAUACUAUUUCUGCAAUAUUGUGGCGGUGCAUCCGGAAUGUCAGGGUCUGGGGGUGGGGAGGAAGCUCUUUGAGGCGGUGACGGAUCGGGCGGAUCAAGAGGGAGUCAAGUGUUAUUUGGAGAGUUCGAGGAAUGUGCCGAAUGUGCAGAUUUAUGAGAAGAUGGGGUUUGAGAUGAGGAGGGAGAUGGAGUGUAGGGAUGGGGGGGAUGUUUGUAUGCUCUAUUGUAUGGUUCGUGAGCCAAAGACCAAGUCGGAAUUGUGAGGGGCGUGCGUUUGAUUCUAGAACUGGAUGGAUGUGUUUAUUGUAGCAGGUUUGUUUGGGGGACAAUUGGGAAUGGAAGUGGUCAGUCACAUCAGGCUAUUCAAUGAUUCGAUAUACCAUUGGUCAGUUAAUUGAAAGCACGGACAUUCAUUACUCCUGCCGAUAC